AUGUUGCCAGUGGUGAAGCCGACGUGUGCUGGCGGCUUUGGUCACUAUACGUAUGAAUGCACGGCUGCUCAGCAGGAAAGACCAUACGUCUCGCGUCCUUCAAGAAGCCAGCAACUGAGCAACCCAAAGUUGGCACCCAAGCUUUCGGCGACUCUGCCGCCAGCUGAAACCAAACUUGCCGCAAAAUCGGAAUCAAAGAUCGCAAACGUCCAAGGCGCGAGACUAUCUACUCUCCUGAACGGAAGCGUAGAAGGUCUAUUUCAACUCACUCUUCCGACUCUGUCUCUACGAUCUCUACUGGUCAUUCUCCGUCCGGAUCCCGUUCGCCGCCUUCAAGGAGAGACUUUGACCGUUCCGACAGAUCACAAGGGCGAGAGCGGCGAGUUGAUCGUAGGCAGUCAGUUUCUGAUGACACAUCUAAACCUCGCACUGAAGGUCGCGCGAGAGGCGACUCACCACAACGCCAUUACUCGCCUAGCAGUCAUCGCUCGCGUGAUGUUCAGCCUUCAUGGAAGAGUCGGAGUCGCAGCCCUCCUCGCAGAAACACUAAUCAAGGCUCUGGAAGGCGGUCACGUUCUCGCUCUCCGUACCGAGGUCAGACUGCUCCUAAUACAAGACCUCCAGUAUCAGCAGGUCCGCCACGGCAGGCUCGAGAGCGAAGUCUCAGUCCAUAUUCUCAGCGCGUCGCAAUGA